CUCUCCUUCAGCGCUUUGAUUUCGCAAUUUCUCUCAUGGAUGUGCGUCGUACUAGGAACGUGCGCGCGAAUUCCCCGUAUCGGAGGGGGGAGACGACGACCACCACCGGCGCCACUUCCGAGAGCGAGCUGACUUCGAGCACGAGGGGCUCCACGUCGCUGGCCACGACGGGGGAGCCGUCGGCGACCACGACGACGGGGCUUGUCUGGACGCCGCGGCGCUCGCUGACGGACCUGGCGCCCCCGGCCCGACCUAGACGAGUGGCGGAACCGCGUCGGGUCAGGGCGGAAGCCGACCAAGAGUCCUCAAAGCGGGCAUGCUUGGUGUGCUUCCUGUGCCUGCUGCUGUUACUGUUGCUCCUUUGUUUGCUGCUACUGCUCCUAUUGACCAACGCAGGGACGACGGAAGCCUCAAGCAAGCCAACGAUGGCUCCAACCACAACAGCCGCCACCACAACCACUACAAGCGCGGCGACGAGCACCCCAACCACCACAACAACCACCAUGACAACAACUACAACUACCACGACCACUACAACAACUACCACAUCUACCACAACAACCACCACAACCACCACAACAACCACCACAACAACCACUACUACAACCACCACUACAACAACUACUACAACCACCACAACAACCACCACAACAACCACCACAACAACCACCACAACAACCACCACUACCACUACGACAACGACAACUACCCCAACACCCACGCCGGCGAGACCAACAACCGUACAUACGAUCAGAACGACAAGGGCCCCGAACCCGAAGCUGGCGUUCCCGCUUCUCUGCACGGUCAGCACCCUCUUCCGGCAGUCGACGGCGCUUCCCAGCGACUGGGUGUGCGACUUCCUCUUCUACGAAUCGCUGUACAAGGGAAACGUGAACAUUUUGACGGAACCACUGAGUGCCGACGUGAGCCACUUCGUGCAAAGUGCCGCUCAGUACAACGCAACGGAAUUCGGCCUGUCCUUCGAGUCCGAGAGCAGCUUUUUUAUAAGCGACUACGCCACGCCAGCGUUCCAAGCCAAGGUCACAGAGGUCGGGAAACAGGGCGUGCCCCACCUGGGCAUUCUGAACAUGCUCAACGACACCACGGACAACGCGACGUUCGAACAGGCUCUGCAGAUAUUGCUGAAGUUCGACGAGUACGCGGCGUCGACGGCAACGCCGACACUGUCCCCCAUCAUCGCGUUGGGAGUCAGCGUGGAUGUGCCCAAAGUAUUCAACUGGCACAUGGACAGAAUGAGGAAGAUAUAUCUGCCUCAUUUGAUUGUGGCCGUGUCGCACCUCUCAUACCGCGAUGCCGACCGCCCGGACUGCCAGACAAUGCCGCCCAGCGUAUUGAGCCAUCCUAACCACGUCAAGUUGCUCUACGGACACACGCUGCACCAGUCCGUGACGCAGCUCGGGCAGCUGGUCCUCAACCAGCUCCACACGGCCAGGACCACCUCCGUGACAUUGAAAGGCCGCUGGUACCGGCCAAAGUAUCCCGACGUGUUGUCCGAAGACAUCGGAAACUUUACGUUCUACCAGAACUGCACAGAUUUCAAGGGCGACCAGGACGUCCCACCCGCAUUUGUUUGCCAAACGUCCCUAGAGACAAUAAAGAACAACUACAGAUACGACAAGGACCCCCGGGCUGGCAUCUCGUUCGACAAGACACUGCUACGCACCCUUACGAUGGAAACUGAGAAGAGCCUUAAAGAUAAGCUCUGCCGCUUGAAGAAGGGUCAAUUGAGGACCGAUUUCAGCCUCGCAGUGUACGACAUCGAUUUCGACUCCGCUGAUCUGGCUUGUCCCAACCUGACCAUCAGCGGUCAAUACCGGCGCUUGCAGAUGGUCCACAAGCUACGAAAUUUCUUCAAGGAUCGCUUCGAUAACGCCGCAGACCUCAGGGCAUGCCUAAGUAUAAAACUCUGAGACGUCAUGGAGCGAAACAAUGCGUCACAAUGCUCCGCCCAUUGCAUAUCGAGAGACGAACGUGGGACGUGCGUUUUCACACGCCUUAUAUAGUUUCCUGCGCCAUUGCCAGUGUCUAACCUUUAAGUGUUACAAGCACUACAUUUGACAUAGGACUGUUGAUUAUUUGAUAUAAUAUUGUUGUGAUUGUUAUCUUAUCAAUUUAUCUCUUCUUCUCAUUUGCCACCUGUUUCUCUCGCUAUAAUCGAAUACCGGGCUUUUCUGGCUCUUCGCUCUCAUUUGCGCAUGCGCAUAGUAAGUUUGCAGCUGCGCUGUGAGCAGCUUAGUACAGUUCCAAUUUAGAACCGUUGUUCUGAUUCCUCGUUUGUGGUGUCUCGUCUUGAGCUGCCGCACUGACGCUUCUUCGACAUUGUGCGCAUGCGCGAUGGGAACGGUAUCAUAUUACCCGUGACCAGCUGGUAAAUGUGAUAACGCUACUGUGGCAUUUACCCACCACGUGACACCAUAAAGAAAGAUGUUAAACAAGACGGGACACUCGGUGAAAUCUGGCAACAGUAAAGCCGUCACGCCCUUGUGUUACUCCCAUUCGUUAGUUCACGGAGCAUCGUCGAAAAAAAUAAACAAGAAUGGGAAAUUAACUUUCGGAUAGCGUUCUAUUUUUUUUUCUUUCCCACUAAAACUAAAAAGGUUUUCGUAUAAAGAACUUAUAGUUUGCGACUUAUUUCAACUGCCUUACCUAGCAACAAGCCAGGCGCGGCAGCUGCAUACGUCAUGCGUCAGAUAGGCGAUCGAAGCCAGCCAGGCCGGUUGUGCAUGUGAAGUUCGCCUGUAGGGCGACCUGUCUCUUUUGUGUGUAGACAGUCUGUCGGGCUCCUGGCGUAUUGUUGCCUUCCUUCUGCACUUAUACACGACACCACUGCACCAUUGGACUGCGGAAAG